AGACUCAGAGGUUAUAUGGUCUUUAUCAAGAAUAUCUGUAAAUGCUGUCUUCUGCAUUUAAGAUACAACAAAAGUACAAGUUCCCCAGUGUCUUUGAGGUCAGGGCCUCAGAUGGACACUAACAUACCUCUUGCCCCAUUCCAGUUUGAUGAUUUCAAAAUGUUUUGCUCCAGCUCCACUUUCCUGGUCUCAGAAGAAAAUCCUUCAAGAAGCUUCCUUUCUUGGCAUAAGAUGUGUGCAUGCACUAAACCCACUCUCUUCCACAGGAUUUCGUAUGACCCAGCAAGGUUUCCAAGGUAUCUUCCUGAAGCCUACUGCCUAUGUCGGGGCUGCCUGACUGGGCCCUUCGGAGAGGAGGACUUCCGCUUCCGCAGCACCCCAGUAUACAUGCCCACUGUGGUCCUGCGCCGCACUUCGGCCUGCGCUGGAGGCCGCUCUGUCUACACUGAGGCCUAUGUCACAGUCCCGGUGGGCUGCACUUGUGUUCCUGAGCUGCAGAAGGACACAGCCAGCAUCAACUCCAGCAUCGACAAGCAGGGUGCCAAGCUGCUGCUUGGCCCCAGUGAUGAGCCAGACUCUAAGAGGGAAGGGAUUAAGAGAAGACUACAAAGAGCACAAAGAAACCAGGAAGCUGAAAGGCAGACAGAUCGCUAUCCUGGAACAUGGCAUCCUCCUAUAAAAAUGAUCUGGAGCACUCACUCUCAGGAGUUCCCCACACCUAUUGUACCAGGAUUUCCUGAGUCACUAUUAUCCUGGGACUCUCCUCUUACCCAUGUGUCAGAUCUCCUAUUCCCUGGAGCUCACGUCUUCCUUUUUUGGUUUAUGUGAUGGUUAACUGAUGCAUCAACUUGAGUAAGAAACACCCAACUAAUCUGGAUCAGCAUGUUAUGGAAGACCUACCUUAGGGAAGAUUGUUGCCAGAAUGGUAUAAAAGGGAAACAAGAAAGAAGUCUUGCUUCUGUUUCUUCCAAGGAGCUCCAGUCUUCACUCUCACCUUGGAUAUUGCCCCCUGGCUUCCAGGGCAACCUGUUCACCCUCCAGCACAGACCCUUCAGCCUCCUGAUACAGACGUGCAUGGGACACUCCCCUGAGCUCCAAGCCUUUGACUGGAUCCUUUGGAUCUUCAGUGUGCAGCUAGCCCUUCUGCACUCUUCCAUACCUGACUCUGCAGACAGUCAGUAUAUGCCAAUCUUGUAAAUUCUUAUAUAUUUGUAUAUCUUGCAGUAAACCUGUUUCUCUAGAAAACACUGACUGGUACAACUUACUUCUUAUUGAUGGCAGCAAAUUAUCCUGCAACUCCUGAGAACUGUACAUGAAGAAUAUGAGGUCUGCCAUACCCAAAAGGUUUUCUUGUCCUCACACAAAUGAUAGUUCAGCUAAGUAUGGAAUUUUAGAUUGAAUAAAAGUUUACUCCAAAUCUAAAAGCAUUUUCAGAUUUCUAGUUUUUAUAAAGCUACUGACAAGUGCAAUGUGACUCUAGCCCUGAGACUUUGUAGGGAACCUGCUUUUCCCCUGAAAGGUUCUAGGAUCUUAUCACCAUAUCCAGAAUUUUCAUAAUCAUCACAAUUAUGUAUCUUAGUGAGAGUCAUCAAUAUAGAAACUUUCUAAUAUUAUUCUUUGAAGAUUUCCUCUCUGUUUUUUUGUUUUAUUUUUCUUGAACUCCU